AGGCAGAUUGAAAACGAACGAGAAAAAAACCAUCAGCCAUCCGCAUUUCAUCGUCGCUGUUCGUAAAAAUUUCGACUCAAAGCAGCUAGCAGAAGCGGUGCCCGAAAAUGUCCGCCUCGUCGGCCUUGGCCCAUACCAAGCGGGUCUGCAGCUUGUACAAGAAGUCGCUACGCAAUUUGGAGGCGUGGUACGAUCGCAGACAUAUCUUCCGCUACCAUGCUACCAUCAUGAGACACCGGUUCGAUCAGAACAAGAACGAGAAGGACCCGGCCAAGAUUGCCCGGCUGCUGGCCGAUGGGGAGCGGGAACUGUUCGAGACCCAGCACUUCCAGCCGAAGAAAUUUGCCAUGUCGCCCGGUGGCGUCGCGUUCGAACGCGAGGUCAUCCCUCCGGACUGGGUGCUGGACUACUGGCACCCGCUCGAGAAGGCCCAGUAUCCGGAGUACUUUGCCCGCCGGGAGCAGCGCAAGAAGGAGUACGUCGCCUGGUGGGAGAAGCAGUACGGCAAAGCGUCGACGGCCGAUCCGCACCAUCACUAACUACUACUAUACCUACUUGGAAGACGAGAAGGAGUUGGAGGAGAAGGGGCGGAACUUUUUGUUCCGUCGUUUCUGCUGCCGCGAUCUAGAUUGCGUUGUUGUUUGUAGAGAAGGCUAAAAUAUCGAAUUAGAAUGGAUGUAAAAAGGAAA